AUGACCUCCCAUCGCGCCGAUGCCAGUACCUUCCUCGAUAACCGCGGCUACACGGGCCCCUUGGUUCGCGGUGUCAAUCCCGUCACGCUCUUCGAAAAAGCCGUGCGCGACCGCAUCACCGACUCGUACUACUGGAAAGAACAGUGCUUCGGUUUGAACGCAGCGACCUUGUGUGAUCGUGCCGUCGAGCUCACCUUCAUUGGUGGUACAUACGGUGUUUCCGAGAAGCCAAGCCCAUUCCUCUGCCUCGCCUUCAAGCUCCUACAGCUUGGACCGGACAAAGACGUCAUCCUCGAAUUGCUCAAUUUCACCGACCCAGGCAGCGACGAGGAGGAGGACCCAGAGAAUGGAGUCGUCAAGGAUCGCGGCGACUUUAAAUACUUGCGCGCAUUGGCCGCUUUCUACGUGCGACUGACUUUCGACGCGGUUGAUGUCUACAAAACCCUCGAGCCUCUUCUCCUCGAUUACCGGAAACUGAAGCGACGGGUACGCGACACAUUCACGCUUACCUUUAUGGAUCAGUUUGUCGACGACCUUCUCACCAAGGACCGUGUGUGCGGUACUAGUCUGUGGAAGUUGCCGCCGCGAGCUCAGCUGGAGGAUCUGGAUAUGUUGGAUGAGCGGAUUAGCCCGCUCGAAGAUGAGCUUGAGGAGCUGGACCGCGACAGCAAUGACGGUGAUUCCGAGAAGAGCCGACAGGGCAGCGAUGCGGGAUCCCCGCGCAGGAGCCAGGAGGAUGCCGAGGGCGACGAUUGA